AUGGUCAGCCAAGCACCCAAGGUCCCUGUAUGUGCCACGUGCAAUCAAGAGGGUCAUGCCAAAAGCAACAGUUCAUUGUGUACCAAGAAGAACCCACUCUGGAGCUCUACCUUGCCUGGCUGUGGCCCCAACGAGCAAGUCAAGGCCGAGUACUCGAUCAUCAAGUGCACUCUGGACGCCAUCAUCAAGAACGACACCUUGCACGACAAGAUCGAGGAGACUGUCCGAGCCAUGACUCAAGUGCAGUACGAAGCAUCUCGUCUCCUGGAGCUGCAUCUCAGGCGGUGCUUGGACGAGGGUAUCACUCUCCCCACUGUGUCGUCGAGUGAACCCGCGUUCGUUCGAAAAUGCUUCAACAUGGCACGACCCAAGAAGACAGGCACAUCAUCGAUACCUAUGAGCUGUAUCGAAGUACAUGGAGCGAAUCGUGUAUCCUGCCUCCUGUGUCCCUCCCAAAGAGUACUGGCUCACAGGUUCUUGGUUUGGCUGUCAAGACCUAUGCAGUCAACUGUGAGACCCACGUUCUCGAUCGAUACUGGUCCCUUCUACGCCGAUACUGCAAUCUGGUCCUGGUUGCUCCCAAGGGUGUGAAACGGCACACACACGUCGAUGAGUGCAUGAAGCUGAUGGAGAAUCCCCUCUCCAAGACACUCCUCGGUGAUCUGAGGAAAUCCUUCACCCACCAUGCCGAC